GGGGAGAGCCCGGCAGUCGGUCUGCCCGCCAGAGAGACGUCCUGCUGCCGGAGCAGCCGCCUCUCGCCUGGCUCCGGAGGGCCGUGGGCGGCCGAAGGGUCCAUCCUGCUCCUCCGGCCAGCGGGACGGGAGCGGAGGGCAGCCGGGACACCGCACACCAGGUUUGUCGGUGAAGGCACCAAUGGAAAUGGGGAGCAGCAGCACUGAGAAGUUUUACAGGAUCCCCGAAGGAAAGGGACCGCACUCAGUUGGAUGUACAGACCUGAUGACAGAAAAUGCAGUUGAGGGAAGCUUCUUGCGCCUGUAUUAUCCAUCACGUGAUGCCACAGCUAAUGAAGAGGCACCAUGGAUUCCAGACAAAGAGUACUAUCAGGGACUCUCUGACUUCCUUAAUAUGUACCGAGUUGUAGGAGAAAGGCUUUUCCAGUACUAUGUUGGUUCAGUGACCUGUCCUGCAAAGUCAAAUGCUGCUUUUAAGCCGGGAGAAAAAUACCCCCUCCUCGUUUUUUCCCAUGGACUUGGAGCUUUUCGGACAAUCUAUUCUGCUAUUUGCGUAGAGAUGGCUUCCCAGGGCUUUAUAGUGGCUGCUGUGGAGCACAGAGAUGAAUCUGCUUCAGCAACGUAUUAUUAAAAAAAGUCAGUUUCUGAACCACAGGAAGAGUCUACAUCAAACAUGGAGAAGGAGUGGAUCUACUACAGGAAACUAAAAACUGGAGAGGAGGAGCGUUGUUUGCGCCAUAAGCAGGUGCAGCAAAGAGCGCAGGAGUGUAUCAAAGCUCUCGAUCUCAUUCUUAAAAUCAAUUCAGGAGAGGAAGUAAUGAAUGUACUAAAUUCAGACUUUGACUGGAAUAGCCUAAAGGAUUCUGUUGAUACUAGCAGAAUAGCUGUGAUGGGACACUCUUUUGGUGGUGCUACAGUUAUUGAGAGUCUCAGCAAAGAAAUAAGAUUCAGGUGUGGCAUUGCCCUCGAUGCAUGGAUGCUCCCAGUAGGCGAUGACAUUUACCAAAGCAGUGUCCAGCAACCGCUGCUUUUUAUCAACUCUGAAAAAUUCCAGUGGGCUGAUAAUAUCUUAAAGAUGAAAAAGCUCAGCUCCAAUGACACAAACAAGAAAAUGAUCACUAUCAAGGGGUCAGUACAUCAGAGCUUUCCUGACUUUACCUUUGUGAGCGGAGAAAUCAUUGGAAGAUUUUUCAAAUUAAAAGGAGAAAUAGAUCCAAAUGAAGCUAUUGAUAUAAGUAAUCAUGCUUCAUUAGCCUUCCUACAGAAACAUUUGAGCCUUAAGAAAGACUUCGAUAAGUGGGAUUCUCUUGUGGAUGGCAUAGGAUCCAAUGUUAUUCCUGGUACCAAUAUUGACUUAUCUCCAGCUGAACCUGAAUAAGGAAUACAAAGAAGUACUGAAAAUGCCACGGACAUCAGGACACCAAUGUUGGCCAGACAUUGCUCAGACAUGUGAUAGCAUUGGCCACCUACACAGCUUUUGGGGUGUGGAACAAAAAAAAAAAGAUAAGGCAUUAGGUUACAUUAUCAUGAAAAGGUAGCGAGGUUUUAGUUCAAAUGAGUUAGUGAGAUUCUCUGAAAUAUUGCAACAGGGUAACUUCUGCUUUAUAGGCAGCUGGGGGAAAUCACUUGAUGGUGAUUUAAAUGCUCUUUCUGGUUUUGACUUAGAAUCAAGUUUGCAGAGCAAGCGAUUAAGCUCCAAGGAAUUCAACUGAAGUUCUGCUUACCAAGCUUGAAGUCAGUUUGCAUCCAGCAAGCCUUUUUUGCAGUGUAAGGAAAAAAAAAAAAAUCUUUUGUUAUUAAACUACUUAGUAUUUCAGCUGUGCUCUGACAACAGUUGAGAGUUGGAGCAGGUUUGUGCUCCUUCUAGUCAGAAAGCUGCUAGUGGAAGAAGGUCUUCAAAACUGUCUUAUUUUAGUAAGAGUUACAUUAAAAGCUACAGGAAAUAGUUUAAGAAAACAGCACAGAAAGGUGUUUGUUCAGACACAGGACUUCUCCUAUGAACUUAAUCCACUUACACGUAAGAUCUGUGUUUACUGCCAUACUCAGAGAACAUUUCCAUUCCAAAAGCUGCUGAAAUGGUCACUGUUGUUGUAGCAACUGUAAUUCCCCUUCAGCAAAGCUCCAAGCAGUGCCUCUCUUGUUAAUCUCUGUAUUACCACUAUCACUCAGUCAUACUGUUGUAGGUGAAGUUACAGAAGAGAUGUGUCGCUUCUACCACUCCCUGUAAAAAGGAGUACGUAAGCAUUGCUUGAUCCUCUUGAUGUCUCUCAUGGUUGUAAUACUCUAGACACUUGUCUUUGUCCAGGUACUAGCAUUACUGUCUGUAUCUGUCAGUAGAAGCAGUUCAGUAUGUGGUUGGCUAAAGGCUCUGAUUUUUAGAACAAAACUCUUUGAAGCUGCCACAUGGAAGAGUGACUUCUAAAUGAAUAAGCCUUGCAAAAGGGGGACUACUUCUAACUGUAGCCUAUUUGUUUCAAAAUCAGGUUAUAAACAAACCAACUGAAGCAAGCAGAACAAGCAAAGCAGUUAACAGUGUAAUUAAAUAUUUAUAUAAUCUGUGAUCUUAACAUGAGAUUGCAACAACAUCUAGGAUUUGUUUUUCAGAAUUAAUUAAAUUCUCUCCAACCUAC